CUCAAUUCGGUGCUACGCUAUUUGGCGGCGCACAACGGCGGCGGUUUGUUGUGGUUUCACUCGACGGCGACGUGAUUCAUUGCUCACUACGUUUAUUUUAUUUAUUUUUUAUGACUUUCGCUUGCAUUUGUUGAGAACGCAACUUUCGCGUACUGCAACCAGCUGCCGCUGGCCGUUAAUCUACGCUGAACAUUCUAAAUUGGGCGCUGCGCUCCGCAGUUCGGUUUUUUGGCCGCUCACGCUGAUAUCAUCACUUCGAUUAGUGGCAUUAACGGUUCGGCAAGCCAUUCUGAUAUCAUUGCUGCAAAUAUUUCGUGGUCAAAGCAGCCGUAGCAGUGGAUCUCGCAGAAGUCCUCUUUCUUAAUCAGCUGCGGACGUUUCGUUGCGGUGCUUGUUAAAUUUUUGAAAGCAAAUCAAAAACAAAUCACAAUUAAUUUCCAAAUAUUUGUUAAAUUGUGGCACACAAAUGGCAAAGUGUUAACCUUGAAGACGCGCUAUACAGUGUGGCGCGGGUGUGGAAGGUCUAUACAAAGUGCUCUACGACUCAUAAAUAGCGUCCAUAUUUUUCUUGUCUAGUGCCAAGAAAUUCCAAGGCGUUCGCACUUGAAUUUUCGCGAAAAAUAAAACAAAGUGCCGUACAAAUAGUCGCAUGUGUUGAUACAAAGUGUAUUUUGUGUGCAUAUUUUCGGAAAAAUAAAAUCUGUGCAUAUGAAAAAUAAAAUUCAAAAAUUUUCAUUUGGUGAAUUACACAAUCAGUGAAACGACGGAGCUGGUGUGGUGAGAUUUAUAUAAUAUUUACGCGCACAAGCAGCCAACGAACGAGCAGUGUAAAGCUGCCUAGUUAGCCGGUGGCGCUAGUAACGAUUUGUGGCCUGUCGGAGUAUCGCGCAGCUCGUGAGCGCGCUGCAACCGGAAAGUGUUCAGUGAGUUCGGUGCGGUGGUGAAUUUCUUAUUACCUUGUGGAUGCCACACUCGCUAGUGGCUGCUUGACGCUCUCAAUUCGAACGACGACGCAGUUUAAUAUUGCGUGUGGAUCUGUAAUAUCGAACGCCACUUUUCUUUUUAUAAUUCUUCAAAAGCAUACAACAUUUUUACUGGCGUGCAAUACUCAAGUGCAACAUAAAAUUAAACAAAAUAAAUUAUAAAUUUUGUGCGUGCGCGUUUCAAGGUCGCAGAAAGUGUUCUUUUGUUGGCUUGCUCCUAAACUAGUUCUAACAAAACUUACACUACUUAGUAGGGAGUCACGCACGUCAUUAGUUUUUGGUUGGCACAUAUUUUUUGACUCAAAAAUUCGAACAUAAGUCAUUGUAAAACGAAACCGUUGCGAAAAUGGGUGAUGAGCUGUUGCCCGAACUUGGUGAUCUUGUGUUUUCGGUACUGAUCGGUUAUGCCGGCGCCUUGGAAUUCCUUUAUGUCGUGCGUCAUUUAUAUCAUUGGAGCUGCGGUCACAUGAAUACAACGCAAAAUGAUGCAGAAAGUCUACAACGGCUCCAGCAACGUAUGCGCAAUGAAUUGACCGAAGCCGAAUCGAAGGAACGACGAGUUGGCACCGAAGUUAUGAAAGAUGGUGUGCUCUAUAAAGACGGCUUUCGAAUAGAUGCCGAACAGCUGGAGAGAGAUCGCUUAAAAGCGGCACAAAGUACACCAGAAGCGCGUGAGAAGCGUAAAAAAGAAAUUGAGUUGGAAUUAAGACGCCAGAAGGAGAUAGAAGAUGAGACACGUAAGCAAUUGGCUGAGGCUGAAGCCAAAUUAGCCGAACAACGUAAACAGGCUGCAGAACAGCUCGAAGCGCAACAGCGUGCCGAAGAUGAACGUAAGUUAUUGGAAGCAGAACGUGUGCGCGAAGAACAACAGAAGAGAGAAGAGGAGCAGAAGGAAGCAGCGGUGGAAGCACGCAAGCUUUUAGAAAGAGAGCGACUGCGCGAAGAAGAAGAGCGCAGAAGAGAAGCUGAAGAAAAUGAACGUAAAGAGCGUGAGGUGGCAGAAGCCAAAAGAGCGGAAGAACAAAGGCGGCGUCAGCAAGAAGAAGAAGCACGCAGAGCAGCCGAGGAAGAGGAACUUAAGCGCUUAGAAGAAGCAGAAUUGGCACGUAAAGCAGCGGAGGAGGAGACAAUUAAGCGACAGGAAGCAGAAAUAGCAGCAGCACGUAUAGCGGCUGAAGAAGAGGAACUUAGGCGUCAAGAGGAAGAAGAAACCGCACGUUUAAGAGCUGAGGAAGAGACACUUAGGCGUCAAGAAGAAGAAGAAGAAGAAGCACGUUUUGCGGUUGAGGCAGAGAAACUUCAGCAUCUAGAAGCAGAAAGUGCGGCAGCAGAACAGAAACGUGCAGAAGAAGAGGAAGAUAUUGAGAAUCAGUCAGUGGAAACUGAAGAGCAAACGAUAAAACUUAUAGAAGUGGAGAAGCAACGGGAGCUAGAACAGCUUAGAAAGGAAAUAGAGGAUUCGGAACGAGCGAAUCAAGAAGAAAUCGAUGCAGAAGACGAAGCAAUUGAAAACGAAAGAAAAUUGCUUGAAGCGGAACGACUGCGAGAAGCAGUACAGAGAAAACAAGAACUCGAGGAAUGGGAGUCUAAGAUAAAUUCAGAAGAGCACAUGGAAGACUCUGUUUACAAAAACGAAGUAUAUGCAAGCUCGAAUCCUAAACAGACAGACGAAGCUGAAACUUUAGACAGCAUAAUGCAGCUGCUCGAUGCUGAAAGCGAACGUAAUCUGCGCGAAAAAGAAUUUGAGGAGCGUGCCGCGCAAGAGCGUUUAGAGAGACAAAAAAUUAUAGAAGAGAAUGCUCGUAAGUUUCUCGAAGCCGACCAUGAAAUGGAAGAAUUAUUGGAAACCGUGCAAAAGCAACGUCGUCUCUCAGCCACCGAGAGUGCACCACAAUCUCCAGUUUUCGAAGAACCAUGCGUCAAAAAAACGAUGAGCCCACUCUCCGACAACUCAGACAGUGGAGGCGAACGUUUGACACAGACGGUUAAAACACAAUUUGGGCAAACCAGUAAUGAACCAUAUUCUUUAACAACGAAGCCGUUGCUCUUUAAGAGUAUAUCCGAUGAUACUCCAUCUUUUGAGCCACAGAGUUCGUUCAGCGUACAACCAUCAGAAGAAUAUGACAUCGAUGGAGAUGGAACAGCAACUGAGCAGAAAAUAGAUGUGCAAUUCGCACAAUUGGAACGACAAGAACCUGAGGGUGGUGAAGAAAACGAUACUGCAACCUCCACACAAUAUACUGAAGACUACUUGCGCUCACUAGAUGGCAUCAAGCAACGCCCAUUGGUACGUGAGGAUGGUUCUGGCCGGCGACGAGCCUUUAAGAAGCGUCGUUCCAGUGGCAGUUCGAAUUCAUCAUUUGAUUCACGUGCCUCACGUGAGGAGGAAGUCAAAAUGUUCACAUCGCUGGAGGAGGAAGAACUGCAACCCAAGAAAGAGGGUGAUACUGAUUUCACACCAAUCACGUACGCAAGUGAACCGUUAUUGAAGGUAAAAAUGCCUCGGCGACGUCACAAGCGUAGUCCAGCGAAAGACGCCAAGCCGAGCGACAACAAUGUACGAGGUUCACUAGAGAUGCUUGAUGAAGAGGCGAAUACCAAUCCGUGGGGCGAAGUUACGCCCGAACACUACAAGGAUAUGCCAUUCUGGAAACAUGAGAAGUCCAUGUCCAUCGAUGAGGAAGCCAUCGAACUCGAACAUCCAGCCAAGAAAACCGAAACAGAGAAGGACAAUAAUGCUAGAAAUGUGCCACAAACCGCUGCUUUCGAGGAGGCUACGCACACACAAAACGAGGAAGCUAUAACAGCCAUCAAGCGACAGCAGACGAAGGAAGAGCAGGACAAUGCAGCGCAGAAGCCAGAUUCAGUUGAACCAACGCGAUCAGACAUACAAUCGAAUCUUAAGAUCACACACGAAGUAUCGCCCGCUUCUCCGGGUGGACGUAAAUCUGCUUCUCCGCGCUUGCGACGCAGCCCGCGUAUUGAAGAAAUGGAUCAGUACGAAGAAUUGUGGAACAAGACUAACCAAUCGGUCGCUGCAGACGAAGUUUUAACACCCAACACGCCUUCUACGCCAUCAAUUACUGUUGACAAAUCACCCGACAUUGCGCCUUGGCGUGAUGAAUAUGGGCUUGUGAUGGAAGGGCUUAGUGAUUUUUAUGAUUUUACCGCUUCGGUGAAUCCAUCCCGCUCGCGUUCCACAUCACGUCAGGCCUCUCCAGCAUCUUCACAGCCCAGUACGCCGCUACCUAAGAACGUGGAAUUUAUGUUUAAUGAAGACAGACAAGAGAACUUGGAAGUAUAUGAUGACACAGGCUCUGUACUGGAGGCAGAGCUAACUAAGGAAAAUGUGGUGGAAUUUAUAGAGUCUUUACAAAAUGACUGCGUAAAAUUGUCUCAGACAAUUGGAGAUCAAUUGAAAAUUGUCGCCGACUCUCCAAAUAAUAGUAGAGAAGGAUCGGAAGUUGAUUCACAAAAUGAAAUGAGAUUGUUAGUACAAACAUUGCGCGUUGAAAGACAAUCUAGAUCUCAUUCACGUUCACCACUUCCAACACCAGAUAAUAUUGAACGUAGCUUGGAAACUCGACGUACAAAACGUAUUCGGCAAAAUGAUGAGUUAGGUGAAAAGCUGGGCUUAGAUUCCAGUUCAAGUCGUACAACCAAUCCAACAGAGUCUCCCGUCGAACUUUCACCUGAUCCCCUGUUAGGUUUUGAGCAGGAGCACUCAAAAGAGAGUAUGAAUCUCUUAGUACAAUCACUUCGUGUGGAAAGAGCACAAAGGAGUUCACGUUCGCGCUCUCGUUCACCCUUGCCAACGGCAGAAAACUUAAGAACUGGUUUGGAACAGCGACGGAAGAAGAAAAUACAACACAACGAUGAGCUUUUUCAACAGCUUCAUAUCAAUAUACCAAUUUUUACACAGGACUCAUAUAAUACUUCAGAGCAGAGGAAAGCAAUUACGGCACCGGUUAUAUCGAUACAAUGUUGUGAUGAAGAGCUCACAGGAAGUACUCCAGAUACUGCGCAGGAAGAAAGUGAAUACUCAUUAGAAAGUAUGAAUAGUUUGGUCGAGUCACUACGCUUACAACGUUCACGGUCCAAAUCACCGAUGCGACGUCUUGAACGCGAACGCACGCCUGAGCCGAGCAGUAUACGCGUGGGUAUAAUGGAAGCAAAUCAAACGUAUGAAGACGACGAUGAACAUGAACGUAGGUCACGAACGCCAUCACGCUCAGUCUCAGUCUCUCCCACACGCGUUAAUAUGGAUUCUCCAUCACAGCCAGUUGAAGAAGUCGAUUUUCACGUGAUGUUAAACCUAGAAGCCUCACAAAAUCGUACAUUGGCUAAGUGCAGUGAAGAAAUAGAGAGCAUACUGGCUGAAAAGCAACGCCAAGUGGACGCCGAUGCCUUACGUAAAUUGAGUAACGCCAGCGAAGAAAUAGAGCUUCGCACAGUGACGCCAGUAUCACCACUUCCACCCACAGAUAAGGUCAAGUUGAUGGCAUUACCCGUCGACGAACGUAUGCGCCAACUACGUUGCUCACCGACGACACCCGAUUACGAUCGCACCAUAUCGCAAGAGUGGAGUGAUGUGCAGCGCAUAAAGGAUGAAAUGUUGGUAAGUGGAUUUAAACGCUCCACCUAUGUUGGUGAGUCAUGGGAUCUUGGAAGUGAAUUUGUGCCACUACGCGAGCAGACAGCGCGUUUCCGACGCUCACGCAGUCCAUCACCCUCACUUAUUGCUACGGAGCCAGCUCAAAAAGCGGGAGAACGUCGCCAAGUACAGGAUAAGAUUUUGGCCGAACUAAUUUCAGCCUCAGAACAGGUUGCAGUUGAGGAACAUUUGGGCGCAAAACCCAAAGAGUUGCGAGAUACCAAGUCAAAAGAAAGGCAGCAGUACGAAGAACUGCGACGAAUGAAUGCAAAUUUUCAGCGAUCUCGUAGUCAAAGCCGUUCGCCGCUGGGCGACAUUGAAGCUAAAGAAGUGGCAAAAAUUGAGGAAGAAGCAACAAAGCGCGAGUUGCAAGACAGAAAAGUCGACUUGGAAAAGGCAAAUGUUAAUUUUCAAGAUUUCUCGCGAUAUCUAAAUGCUGGUUUCUUGGAUAAUGAACGCAGAGCUUCAGACUCAGCGCUUAUACAAAAACCGGAAAUUAUAGUUCAACUACAGGAGCUUGAAGAAGAUUUUGAAUUAGAACCCGAAAAUUAUCACCACUUCCGACGUUUCUCAUUGAAUCAGGAGCAGUCGAUUGAAGAAUAUCCGAAUGAUGAUUACGUCUAUGUGUCACAAAUCGAAGUGCAAACGCCUAGCGGUACACGCACAUGGAUAAGAGAAGACUACUAUAGUGAAGAUUUUGAUAAGUUAAAUUUUUUCGCAGAAGAAAGUAAUGUAAAUAUUGGACCCACAAUAGGCGCUUAUGAUGAAGUUGCAGAUGAACAACUUCAGGUUGCGGAGGACGAAGAAACUGAUGGUAGCGAAGAUGAGCGACAAACAGUGGUCGAAGUAGACGAUGAAAUCGAUGAGGACAUUUGUGAUUUUAACGAACGUGGUCCAGCCGAUGAGUCCCACCACGAACAAUCCGAAUGCGAAGAAGCAGAGCGCGAGAUGGAUCAUUACGCCGGCAGAGAUGCCGAUGACUGGCAGCGUGUCGAAAAUAUCGACGAAUUGUUAGAAGAUCAGAUCUUGCUGGCUAAUGAGGAAGGCGCCGUUGGUGGUACUAUUUCGGCAUUAGACUAUGAUUCAGAUUCGGCGGCGAUUGACGAGAUCUACGAUGAGGCAAUCAAAAAUCGAAAACAGUCGGGUAUACUACGCGAUUAUGAUAGCAUUUUAAAUGAAAUGCAAAAGAGCUAUCUGAAUAAAGAGAUUUCAGCCGAUGGCAGUGAAGGCGAUGUGAGCGGUACCAGUGAUUCCGAUCGUGCGAAUAAGGCAGCCAAUAAGAGAAACGAACUGAAACUGAUACGUAAUGAGCGCCGUGAGCGUGAACAGCGUUAUCUGGGCGAUGCAAGUGUAGCUGAGCGACAGUCUACGCGGUUGCGCACACGUUACGGCUAUGCACCGCAGCUGAAUGUUAAGGGUAUGGAAGAUUUAGACAUCGAAGUAGACCUUAGUUAUACGCCAAAAAGAGAGUAUAACUGGCGCAAGAAUUUCAAAAUUGACGAAGAUGAGGAGAACUCCAACAAAACACAAUGUCUCGAUGAGGAGAUCAAGACGCCUGAUAACAUGAACAAUACAAAUCAAUAUUUGGACUCGCGUAAAUUUAGCCUUGGUGGCGAGAGCAUAACACUUUUUAGCCAAGGUGCGGAAGGCGUGUGCUAUGUCGCUGAUGAGGAUCAACAGAACACCGAAACCAUAGCGGAGGAGAAAGAGUGCUCAAAUGAGUUAAAUGAAACGUUGCAGUUGGAAGCAGCAGAAUCAUCUCUGGGUAAAUCCAAGAAAAAGAAAAGUAAAAAGAAAUUACGCAAGGAUUCAAAAAGCAAUAGCAUCGAAUUUGUCACGAAAGAUGAUGAUGACUCUGAGUCACACAACCACAGUAGCAUACAAAGUGGUGGUGGUACUGAAACCGAUUCACUCAAACGCAUAAAAGCGCGCUCUCGCCGCAACUCCAGGAAUAGUUUGACCAACGAGGAGACAAAUGGCGCCCCAUUCUCACCGCGCAGUAGUAUUGUUGACGAAGAGCCAACCGAUAAUCUGCUGGACAAUUCAACAGCAACAGUUAACAACAAGAAGAAACUCAAAAAGCGUAAGAAGACAAAGGAAACAUUUGCCACAACGGAAUCGGACAUUAAAGAGGAGUUUGCGGCGGAGGGCGCUGAGCGUUCGUCUUAUUUCGAUUUAACUGUCAAAGUGCCAACAGCGUCAGCAGCAGUCUCACCAGGCAGAAUCAGCAUUAAUCCACUUGCUACGCUGAGUCCACAAAAUAGCAUCUGCACGCCGAGCAGUUCCUUAGACUACGAAACGCCCGAACUAAAGGAGCUGAACAGUGCCGCGUCUUCCGCUGAAGGCUCGCCCAAGCAGCAAGAAGUCGACACGCCCGCUGUUGAGGCGCGAAUUUCGGCAGCAGCUGAUGCUUUGACAACAACACCAGCAGCAGCUACAACUACACCGGAAGCGAUAGUAACGGUGGCCACACGCUCCUCUAUAACUCCCACCACUACAACAAAAACCACCGUGGAUACAUUUGAUAUACUGAAGGAUGCUAAUUUCUAUCCGCUUUUCUAAUGAACGCUACAGACUCAUAGUUGAAAAGAAAGUCCGAAAAAAACGAAACCUCAAAUAGCCUCACACUGCACCCGCUCCUGCACCUACUACACCUAGCAUAAAGCAACUUGAAAAUAUAUACAUUAAUAUGUGUUAAGUUCAUGCCAAAAUGCAGUCGCAUUGAUACCAAGCAAGCAAGCGUAUCUGCUUYCCGCCAGCGCGACAUUAAACGAAAUCCGAUGAAGAAAUACAAAUUGUUCCAAAAGACACAAACCCACACGAACACCUUUUUAUCUUGUAUUAUAUUCAUUUUUAUUGAUACGAAUCCGAGUAUUUCAAAAUACCAAACGACGUUGUGUCAAAUAACGAAGAUUUAUAUCUCUUAACAUAUAUUCACGCUUACAUACAUACAUAUCCUUUAAAUAAAGUAUUUACGUUAUUAUAAAAUGAAAAUCAAGAA